CGAAACAGUGGGACUUACUGCUGAGCAAUUUCGCGACGACGAGCUUGAAGAAGACCUCAUUGUAAACAGCUCUACGAUGGAGUCAGUUGUUGACGUCGCAGAUGCGGACGAUGUCCACGAGGGCCAGCUCUACAAGACGCAAGGCGACUUCAAACGAGCUCUCAAAGCAUACGCAAUGAAAAGAGGUUUUGAGUACGCACCGACGAAAUGCAACGACCAUAAGAUAACCGCACGAUGCCGUGUCUCAGAUUGUCCUUGGAGAAUAAAGGCGCGUCAAGUACCAGGAAUUGCUCAAUGGUGGGUGAAGAAAUUUGAUUCCCAACACACUUGUAGUAGGGCAAUAGGGGGAUUGGGCCACAGGAAUUGCGAUGCGGCUUUUAUAGCAUCAUUUGUUAGGGAGCAGGUGGUGGCAAACGAGAAAUACACGCCGAAAAUGGUUCAGACCGAGAUUCUUCGGCAGCACGGCGUAAAAAUUUCAUACUGGAAAGCCUACCGGGCCAGAGAAUUGGUCAUUCAAGAGGUGCGCGGCGAUUUCGAGGGCUCGUUCGCUCUACUUCCCUCGUACAUGCAAGAGUUGAAGAGUGGAGAUGCGGAAACAUGUCUCCAAUUACUUUACCAGGACGAGGGUCAUUUUCACCGUUUUUUCUGGGCAUUCGGUGCAGCGAUUCGAGCAUUCCGGAAGCACUGCAGGCCGCUUAUUGGUCUGGAUGGAACCUUCCUAACUGGUAAGUUUAGAGGUUGUCUGCUGACGGCGUCAUGUAUUGAUGGGAAUAACUGCAUAUUGCCAUUGGCGUGGGCAGUUGUUGAAGGUGAAAAUCGGUAUUCCUGGCAAUGGUUUCUUGAACAGUUACGGGAUGGCGUCGUCGGUGAUCGCGACUCCAGCAGAGCAAAUACUGUACUUACUAUUGUUUCCGACCGCCAAAAAGGAUUGAUUGAUGCUGUAUCCGAUGUUUUUCCGGAUGCAGCUCAUGGUUAUUGCAUUUACCAUCUGUCUACCAAUCUCCCGCACGCGCCAAAGAAUACACCUGCGUGGAGAAGAUUUUGGGCUGCGGCUCGUGCAUACACUGUAGCGGAGUUCAACGAACACAUGGAGAAGAUGAAGGAGUUGAACCCCGAACAGUACAAGUAUGUGGUCAAGCUUCCUCGGCAUAGGUGGGCUACCCAUUGCUUCUUGGGAAGGCGUUAUUCAAUGCUCACUUCCAACUGUGCCGAGACGAUAAAUAGUGUAAUUCGACAUUUAAAGGGCCUUCCAAUUACCUACCUCGUCGAGGAAACACGAAAGAAAACAGCUUGUUAUUUUUACCAAAGAAAAAAUAAUGGGGAGAAUAUUACCAGUGUAGUAACACCCUAUGCAGAAAAGAUAUUAGGGAGCUCAAGGGAAUCGUCCCGCUUUUACACGCUGAAUCCUUCGACCGAUGUCCUAUUUCAGGUAUUAUUGUUUAUGUUGCACCAUUUAGUCAGUAUCUUACACUACUUAUCAAUCGGUUACAUAUAG